AUGGGGAGAGGGAAGAUUGUGAUCCAAAAGAUAGACAGCUCGGCGAGUAGGCAAGUGACCUUCUCAAAGAGAAGAAAUGGGCUGCUCAAGAAGGCCAAGGAGCUCUCCAUUCUUUGUGACGCCGAGGUUGGUGUCGUCGUCUUCUCUUGCACCGGCAAGUUCCACGAAUUCUCUAGCUCUAGCAUGAGAUCCACAAUGGACCGUCACACCGAAUCCAAAGGCCAUCAUGGAGAAAAGAAACCAGUCAAAGAACUCGAGCUUUGCCAAAGGGAGGUCGCAGGCUUAAGGCAGCAACUGCUCGACAUGCAGGAAUACUGCAGGCAUCUGACGGGCCAAGAACUUUCCAACCUAAGCCUAAAAGACUUGCAAAAUUUGGAGAAGCAGUUGGAGAUGAGCUUGAAGGCUGUCCGAAUGAGAAAGUAUCAGGUUUUGAAUGAAGAAAUAGGAGAUCUCAAUAAAGAGGCAUCGAAUGCAAGUGAUUCCAGCGAAGUUACAAGUAGGGGAGUUCCCCACACUUUCGCUGAUCGAUACAACUAA